GAGUUUGCCUGACUGUCUUGCCGUGGCUUCUGCUCCUGCUCUCCUCUAAAGGGUUUUGUCAGAGGGUGGACUGCCAGUGGGGGCCAUACAGUGAGUGGAGCUCAUGUCUUGGAUGUCCCACAACACAGACCAGGACCCGUUCGAUUGCCGUGCACGCUCAGAAUGGAGGGAACCCGUGUUUUGGAGAGAAGUUUGAAACCAAGCCUUGCUUAGAAGUUCGUCUCAUGUUUUUUACAUGGAAAUGUCCAGACCCCCGAGUGCACUGUAGGUGGGGUCCUUUCGGAGAUUGGUCCGAGUGUGACGGCUGCACCAGGACACAGACUCGUUAUCGGACCAUCGCGGUGUACGCCCAGUUUGGAGGGAACCGCUGUGGUGGAGAUCGUUCUGAGACCAGAUCAUGUGAGCCCACUAAAUCCUGCCCCCUGGAGCAAGGCUGUGGGGACCGAUUCCGCUGCAGAUCAGGCAUGUGCAUCCCCCAGACUCUGAUGUGUAAUGGGGAUCAGGAUUGUGAGGAAGACAAUGAAGAUGAGAGUACAUGUGAGAGGAAGCAGCACUUCGUCUGUGAUAAGCAGAGGCCGCCACCCAACAUCGAACUGCUGGGCACCGGAGUCGACUUAGCCACAGGAAAGAACAGAGGACUCGUCAUCAACACCAAGAGCUUCGGAGGCCAAUGUCGCAAGAUGCACCAUAAUGCCUACAGACUACCCCAGAGCCUACUCAAGUACAAUUUUGUGGUUAAAGUUCAGAACAAUUUAAACGAUCAGAUGUUCCAGAGUGAAUGGCACUACAGAAAGGAUAUUGUCAAAAGAGAGACGGUCACUGGGACAACUAAGGGGUACAGAAAUUAUGACUACCAUGAGACCGAUGAUCGAAAACGGAAUUUCCAUCUUUUGAUCCUGAAGAAUAACAUUGAAUUAGCCAGUUUCCAGGCCACAUCUCCACAGUACAUCCCUAUAGCAGAGGAGUUUUGGAAGGCCCUCUCAAAGCUCCCUACAGUGUACAACUACGCAGCCUACAGAGCACUCAUCUCCAGGUUUGGGACCCACUACCUAUCAGAGGGGACACUAGGGGGCUCCCUCUCCGUCAUCGUGAGACUGGAUUCUGACGUGCAAAUACACAAAAUCACUGAGAUAGCUGAACAUAACGAGUGUGAAAGAACAAAGCACUACUUUUUGUUUUUCCCCAUAUAUCGUGAGUCCUGUGAUCGUGACUACAAAGACCUCUCCAGAAAGCCUAACAUAUUCAACAAGACCGGUUUUGUGGGCAAAGUAACACCAGAAGGGGGCAGUGACGCUCUGAUUGCACAGCUGCAGAACAUGGAGAUCAGUACACCAGAAGCUAACUGGAGGGCCUACACAGACUGGGCCGACUCUGUGAGGUCAUUCCCCAAAGUUAUUAAUUCAAAGCUGAGACCUCUCUGGGAGCUGGUGAAGGAGGUCCGCUGUGCCGGUGUGAAAAAGCUGUACCUCAAAAACGCCAUAGAGCAGUACCUGUCCGAGUCCCACCCGUGCCACUGUCUGCCCUGUGAGAAGAACGGCAUCGCUGUCAUGGACCACGACGUCUGCAAGUGCGUCCCCAAACCCGGAUCUGAGGCUCAAGACUCUGAACGUGUGGAGGUUGAUGGCUGUUGGUCAUGCUGGUCUGCGUGGUCCUCCUGCUCUGGGUCCUCCUGCUCUGGGGGACGUAAAACCCGAAGUCGCUCCUGCACUAACCCAGAGCCGAGGAACGGAGGACAAAGCUGCAUCGGAAAAGCUACAGAGACCGGAGACUGUGAUGAUGAAGAACUGGACUAUCUCAGAAACUUUGAACCAGAAUGCUUUGACUUCUCCCUCUCACCCAAGCUGAAGUGUGAGCCUCCCCCAACUCUAAUCAACGGCUACAUCCUGGACCCCAAAGACACAUACUUGGUCGGGCACCGGGUGGAGUACAGGUGUAUAGCAGGCUUCCAUCUCUCUGGUCCUUCCAUAUUUGAGUGCACUGCUGCUCAGACCUGGUCCGGCACACCUGAUGUCUGCCAAAUAUCAAACUGCAUGAUGCCCACACUAGCUGCUGAUGUCCUGGUAUCUCCAGAUAAGUCGAGUUAUGACAUUGGAGAUUCUGUGACUUUGUCGUGUCCAGAGGGAAAAUAUCUGGAGGGAGACAACACCGCAAUCUGCGACCCCAGCCUCAACUUCUCCCCUGACCCCACCGAAGUCACCUGCAAACAAGUGAUUUCUAAGAAGUCCCGUGAACCAGUGAAUCCUUCAGGGCAGUGUAAAGUUUGGGAGAAAGACGUCAGGGGCAAGUGUGUGUGUAAGCUGCCCAAUGAGUGUGGCCCGUCUCUGGAGCUCUGUGCGUCAAACCCGGUGAUCGGUCCCAUGGUUCUGACUGUGUGUAAGUUGCAUGCUCUGAAGUGCAUGAAGAAGGCGCACGCUGUAGCAGAGAACAGUCUGUGCACGUGGCCCGUGCGCUCUGCUGACUCAGGCUGUUCCAACUGUCACCCAUGGGAGACCUGUGAUGAGCAAACCAGUACAUGCAGCUGUAGGGCCUCUGCAGACUGCUCCUCCCCAGGUCUGAGCGUGUGUGUGCGGGUGGGCUCUGACUCCGACCCCCUGACCCUGAGCGAGUGUGAGGCUGGGCUGCGCCGGUGCAGAGGAGAAAUGGUCACUGUGGUGGACAUAGAUCCGUGUCCUCAAAACUGAAAACUGCUGUAUAAUCUGGUGCUUAAAAUUAUUUACCAUUCACUGAUUUUUCUACUGUUUUCUACUUGUUAUGACUUUAUUCUUUGGUAAACUUAAUAUUAGGAUAAUCACAAUUACAGUUACAUUCUUUUUUUACUGUCACUUCUGCCUCAGUAUAUACAAAAGUGCAUUACGUGUGAUCAAAAUUGCAACAAAACUAAGUGAUCUAUGUCAUUAAGUAACCAAAUAUACCAUGUCUGAAAGCUUUUAUAUUUUUGUUUUCAUAGUAUUUGUCUCCAUCUUGUGGCCAAUUAUGCACAUUAACUUCUUCAGUGGUGGAACAAUAUUAAGAUAAUUACAACUAAUUACUAAAACUUUAUUUUCCAUACAUACAUAUACAUAUAAUUAAAGCUCUAAAAUAUGAAAUGUAAUACGCAGAUGCCUUAAUGUAGUUCAGUACAUAAUUAAAGACACUGAAGCACAUUUUAUGUUGUUUUUUUAACCUAAGCUGAGUAUUUUUACAAUGUGUAUCUACUCUAGCUCUUAUGAAAAAACUAUAUAUGAUUAAUUAUACUU